AUGGCUUCGACGAUCCCCUCAGAGUCCACUCUCGUACGGCGUGUUGCAGCCUCCCGAAAGCUCGAAAAACAGAUCCCCCGCAUUAACCUCAUCUCCAUCAUUAUCCGCGUCGCCCAAUUCAUUAUCCUCGGUGGCUUCAGCCUUGCCUAUGCAAUGGCACAGCCUCCCGUCUUCCUCGACACUUUCGUCUGGCCGCAGAACACAUCGCCGCCCUACACAAUGACAGUCUAUCGGAACACCACCUCUGGUAGUGAAACACGGGUAGAAUACUUUGGCCAUCAGCAUAGGAGCUCUCUUAACUACUCGGUCAUGACGGUUGAGUGGAACGAUAAACGGUCGCCGCCGGGACUGUCAGAGAAGUAUGAUUGUGGCUGGGACCUGCGGUUGGGCUGUGAAGGUGCGCAGUGGGCAGCUACGAGGAUUGGAUGGUUGGACUCGUGGCCGUUUGACGUUGAUGAGCAGAUGGCAAGAAUUAUCUACAUUGAUAGGUAUAUCUUCUGGUUACUGGUCGUAGGGGGCUAUCUGGGCUCCAGUCACAACGUGGUGGUAAUGAUUCAUGCCCUAGAACCAUCCGGAGUCGGAUUUUAUAAGUAUAUCGCAAUAAUGGACUUCAUCAUCAGCAUCUUAUUCCUCCUUCUCGGCAUCUUCCCUAUCGCGAUACAGCAGUAUCUGUCGUCGAUCGUCAAGGAGGAACAAGGCACAUUCGGCACCUCCUUCGCCUCCCUCUUCGGACUUUUCACGAGCGUACUCAACGCCAACGAACAGGCCCUCUACACGGUUACGUUCCUUCUGAGUACCAUCUUGGUCCGGAAUCUGGAAAGGUACGAAUCGCUUCCGAAGAGGCUGCCCGCAUCAAUGGCUACGAACAACAGAAGCCCGCCAACUACCCGAGCGACCGCCGCCAAUUGUCGAGCAAUACCGGGGAAAGACGUUGCCCCAGCUGUCACAAUUACGAGGAGGUAUAUCGGGCCUUCGGGAAACGUGAGGAAUUAG